AUGCUUACAACCUGCGCUCAGCACGUGCCUGACACUCUUCUUCACCUCUCUAUAUGGCGAGACGCGGUAUGGGCUAUCCCGCUGCGGGUCCUCUCCGGGCUACAGGAGCUGUCCAUGAUGCACCCAAGCACCCUCGCCAAGCUUGGUCUCAUCUUCGCGCACUGCGCGCAACUACGCUCCCUAUCAAUCACGACCAUUGGCUCUAACUGCGAGCUAGAGUUGCUCACCGCGCUGCGGGCGACGCAAGACGCUCUUCCGGGCCUCACGUCAUUCAAGCUCAUCCUAUGGGGCGAGGCGUUUGUUGCCGAUCUGGGUCCGUUUAUUGAGUUCUUCCAGAACAAGAAGGGGAUGCGGCGGCUCGACCUCCAACUCAACCAUCUUUUAAUGGGCGACGAUUACAUACGCCUCCUCGACGUUUUUGCGCACCUUCCACGGCUCGAGGUCGUCGGGCUGGAGCUCAAAGGUUCGGGGUUCAGCAGAGAGCAUCUGGCGCUGCUCGACGAGCGACUCCCGCUUGGCCUCUCGGCGCUCCUCUUGAGAUGGUCGACCUAUACCUUCAACGCCUUCGAGUCCGGGUCCGACAUCCAUCCACAGAACUGGAUUGACAUGCUUAAGAAGCGCCCUGCACUCGGCUACCUUCACAUUCUCUAUCUCGAACACAAUCUGUCCGUCGGCAUAUCGCUGGACCUGCGCGCGCGGCUGCUCAAGGACCGCCCGCGGGCGCUGAGGCUCGUUGGGUAUGGCCCGCAGAUACGCAGCAUCGAACGCGAUCCUGCGACUGGGGAGUCGGCGUACGGACCGCCCUGGUCGGAUACAGCGGUCACUGUAGGGGCGGCGGAAGACUUUGGAUGCGAAGACUGGGCGUGGCUGCGUCAACUCUAA